AUGGCAUCCAAAGUCCCCGCUGCGCCCGUCCCGGCACAAAAGGAAGCAGAAGCUCCCUCAACCACAGCGAACACUACGCUUGCACAAGUCCGCUCGUUUGUAGCUGGUGGUGUUGGUGGUGUCUGUGCCGUUGUGGUUGGCCAUCCCUUUGACCUGGUGAAAGUGCGACUCCAGACCGCAGAGCGAGGUGUCUACACCGGUGCCAUAGAUGUAGUUAAGAAGACUAUCGCCCGGGAGGGUGUAGCAAGAGGACUAUAUGCCGGUGUCUCUGCUCCCCUAGUUGGAGUCACUCCAAUGUGGAAGACCCUUGUUCGCACCUUUUCAGACGUCCCUGUUCGCAACAACACCCCUCAAUUCACCAUUGCCCAGAUAUCUGCUGCCGGCUUCUUCUCUGCGAUUCCUAUGACCUUGAUUACGGCCCCUUUUGAGCGAGUCAAGGUGCUGCUUCAGAUUCAAGGACAACACCCACCACCUGCUGGCCAAAAACCAAAGUACAGCGGUGGACUUGACGUUGUUCGACAGCUAUACAAGGAGGGUGGAAUCCGCAGUGUCUUCCGGGGGAGUGCCAUGACGCUCGCCCGCGACGGUCCCGGAUCUGCUGCUUACUUUGCUAUGUAUGAAUAUGUUAAGCGAAGCUUAACCCCCAAGGAUGCAGAUGGCAAUGUCACAGGAGAGCUAUCUCUGCCUGCCAUCCUUACUGCUGGAGGAGCUGCCGGAAUUGCGAUGUGGAUACCUGUUUUCCCUGUUGAUACCGUCAAAUCACGGCUGCAAAGUGCUCCCGGAAAACCGACUAUCGGCGGCACUAUUAGAAGUAUUUAUGCGAGCGGCGGCUACAAGGCAUUCUUCCCUGGGUUUGGUCCUGCUCUUGCAAGAGCAGUCCCUGCCAAUGCAGCAACUUUGUAA